UCUAACGGGAGGACGAAUCGUAGAGAGGGUAUGUUAUGAUUGGCUCCUUCAGGACAAGGUUUUAGUUUUGAAUUUUUCUUUAUGGCGAGGAAGUGACCACUGCCACGACUCAGUCUAAUUCCCGGCUUCUUAGACUAAAAUCAUGCCCAAGUUCAAACAACGAAGAAGAAAGUUAAAAGCCAAAGCCAAAAGAUUAUUUAAAAAAAAAGAAGCCUUGCACAUUCAAUCCAAGCUAAUUGCACCUCCGCUUCCACCACCACCCUCACCAGAAAGGGUGGUUAUUUCUUCAACAGACAUACCUGUUAGCAGAAAUUGGCUGAGAUUAUUCUGGAGCUUCCAAUGUCCUAAUAUCAAAGGUGCAGUAAAACUUUUGGUAAAUGGAAUGUGGUCUCUAUACAACUGGUGCAAGAACUGCAUAACCCAGAGAUUAGCAGUAUUGAAAGACACCAUCUUUCCAUCUCGUCUCUGUCUCCGAGAACUUCACAAUCUGAAACAACGGUUUCGCACUUUGGAAAAUGAAUUAUCCAGACUCCAGGAAGCACUUAAGGCAGUCUCGGGAAGUUCUUCCUGUCCAAGCUGUGGUCAAACGUGUUUCAGAAGAGAUAAACCUACAAAUGUGCCUGCCUGUGCUGUAACAGCCUCUGCAGAGCCCCAAGCUAUACUUCCUCCGAUGCUGCCUCAGCCAGCCAGCUAUCUACCUCCUCCUCCACCACCUCCGCCUCCUCCUCCUUUGCCUCCACCUCCACCGCCAAUGGCACCUUUGCUGCUCAGAAAAUCUGACCACAUGAAAACCCGCCAGGGUGAACAAUUAAAAAAAGAUGCACCCAUGCAGAUAACAGUUAAAGAUCUACUGACUGUGAAACUAAAGAAGACGCAGAGUCUUGAUGAAAGGAAGAAGCUUGAAUCAUCACUGAAGGCACCAAAUCCACUAGUUACUGUCUCUGACCUGCAACGUGUUACCCUGAAAUCGAAUUCCAAAGUCUUGUCAACUCGAGUUACAAAUGUCUUGAUUACUCCUGGUAAAAGCCAAAUGGAUCUACGAAAACUACUUAGAAAAGUUGAUGUAGAAAGAAGCCCAGGUGGAACCCCACUCACCAAUAAAGAAAAUAUGGAAACAGGAACUGGACUGACCCCAGUAAUGACCCGAGCCUUAAAGAGAAAGUUUCAGCUCGCUCAUCCCAGAAGUCCAACUCAAACUUUGCCACUUUCUACAAGCGGCUUUGAUGAACAAAACUGAUGCUAACUUUGCUGGAGCCCACCUGGUGAUCCAUAGAUAUACACAUAAAAUCUUACUAAUUGUUACUUUCAUGUAGUUGCAUAUGUAUACAUAGUUAUAAUAAUAAAUAAUAUUAAGUAU